CUUCUGACAAGAUUCUGGUGCUGCUACUCCCGCUUUCGCUGCUGAAGACUACUUUGGGUUGCAGGAACGAUCAAAAGACAAGACGAAUCCAACACUUAAACAUUCUGUGUUAAUCAAACCUAUUCGUUCUGAUAUUAGAAGCGGUUCGUGUGUCGAGAAGCGAGAGGAACACUGAAGAGAAAAGAAAUAUAACAGCCAUGAAGAGUCUCGUCCUUUUCUUAUUUCUUUUCGUUGUUGGUCUUUGGGUGACUGAAGGAAAGCGGUGGACUCAAGGAGCGUUGAGGGCUACAGGACUGCCAGUGACUCGUGAAGGAGGGGAUGAACAAGAGAGUGCACCACUAGCAAAUGAUGAAGAUGAUUCAGAGGUACUUGAUGCAAUUGAUGAAGAAUCCGACAGUGAAGAUGGCCCAGUGACUGGAAUUCCGCUGUUUCGUAAAAAACCAGUUGAUUCUGGUAACUCGACGAGAAAAGGAAAAAGUCUUGGUGUGUUGAAAUCUCGAAAAUGUCGAAAGGGGUGUUUUAGAACCGUGAGCUACAUUAUAAGAAGAAGAUGGUUCUACUUUACUGCUUAUAAACAAAUCCGUAUACCCUGUCACAAUUGCUGUAAAGGAUGGUCUAGCAUGCGCGGAAGGUGUACAGACAUAGACGAGUGCACACGGAACCCAUGCGGGGCACAGGGGACAUGCACCAACACACAAGGAUCCUACACAUGUGCCUGUAAUCCAGGGUUCGAGUCCAACGGAAUUGCAUGCAUUGACAAAAACAAGUGCACAGGAAACCCAUGUGCGGCACAGGGGACAAACACCAACACAGUAGGAUCCAACACAAUGGCCUGUAAUCCAGGGUUCGAGUUCAGCGGAACAACAUGCACUGACAUAAACGAGUGCACAGGAAACCCAUGCGGGCCACAUGGGACAUGCACCAACAACAUAGGAUCCUACAUGUGUGCCUGUAAUCUAGGGUUCGAGUCCGACGGAAUAACAUGCAUUGACAUAAACGAGUGCACUGGUUUCCCAUGCGGGGUAAAUGAGGUUUGCACCAACACACCAGGAUCCUACACAUGUGCCUGCAGUCCAGGGUACGAGUCCAAGGGAACAUUUUGCGGUGACAUAAACGAGUGCACAGAAAACCCAUGCGGGCCACAUGGGACAUGCACCAACAACAUAGGAUCCUACAGGUGUGCCUGUAAUCUAGGGUUCGAGUCCAACGGAAUAACAUGCAUUGACAUUAACGAGUGCACAGGUUUCCCAUGCGGGGUAAAUGAGGUUUGCACCAACACACCAGGAUCCUACACAUGUGCCUGCAGUCCAGGGUACGAGUCCAACGGACAAUUUUGCGGUGACAUAAACGAGUGCACAGGAAACCCAUGCGGGCCACAUGGGUCAUGCACCAACAACAUAGGAUCCUACAUGUGUGCCUGUAAUCUAGGGUUCGAGUCCAACGGAAUAACAUGCAUUGACAUAAACGAGUGCACUGGUUUCCCAUGCGGAGUAAAUGAGGUUUGCUCCAACACACCAGGAUCCUACACAUGUGCCUGCAGUCCAGGGUACGAGUCCAACGGAAAAGUUUGCGCUGACAUAAACGAGUGCACAGAAAACCCAUGCGGGCCACAUGGGUCAUGCACCAACAACAUAGGAUCCUACAUGUGUGCCUGUAAUCUAGGGUUCGAGUCCAACGGAAUAACAUGCAUUGACAUAAACGAGUGCACUGGUUUCCCAUGCGGAGUAAAUGAGGUUUGCUCCAACACACCAGGAUCCUACACAUGUGCCUGCAGUCCAGGGUACGAGUCCAACGGAAAAGUUUGCGCUGACAUAAACGAGUGCACAGAAAACCCAUGCGGGCCACAUGGGACAUGCACCAACAACAUAGGAUCCUACAUGUGUGCCUGUAAUCUAGGGUUCGAGUCCAACGGAAUAACAUGCAUUGACAUUAACGAGUGCACUAGUUGGCCAUGCGGGGUAAAUGAGGAUUGCACCAACACACCAGGAUCCUACACAUGUGCCUGCAGUCCAGGGCACGAGUCCAAGGGAACAUUUUGCGGUGACAUAAACGAGUGCACAGAAAACCCAUGCGGGCCACAUGGGUCAUGCACCAACAACAUAGGAUCCUACAUGUGUGCCUGUAAUCUAGGGUUCGAGUCCAACGGAAUAACAUGCAUUGACAUAAACGAGUGCACAGAAAACCCAUGCGGGCCACAUGGGACAUGCACCAACAACAUAGGAUCCUACAUGUGUGCCUGUAAUCUAGGGUUCGAGUCCAACGGAAUAACAUGCAUUGACAUAAACGAGUGCACAGAAAACCCAUGCGGGCCACAUGGGACAUGCACCAACAACAUAGGAUCGUACAGGUGUGCCUGUAAUCUAGGGUUCGAGUCCAACGGAAUAACAUGCAUUGACAUUAACGAGUGCACUGGUUGGCCAUGCGGGGUAAAUGAGGAUUGCACCAACACACCAGGAUCCUACACCUGUGCCUGCAGUCCAGGGUACGAGUCCAAGGGAACAUUUUGCGGUGACAUAAACGAGUGCUCGUUUCUCCCAUGCUGGGACGAUCAAGUAUGCACCAACAACAUAGGAUCCUACACAUGUGCUUGCCAUCCAGGGUACGAGUCCAACGGAAAUUUUUGCGCUGCUAUCGGCUAAUUCUAACGAAUUUAAAAAUAUUCACAGCAGAACAUCUCUGUCGAUCACAUUUCUGGCAUGACAUCGUCCCUCUGAUUGAUCUCCGUAUGACCUGACUCACCGUUUAUUACGUAAAUUCCACACCAGGUCAUCUUCACGGAAAAGACGAUCUAAUCAUCCAAAUAUGUCUCUUACAUAUUAUUAUAUUAACAUAAUUUCGUUUCCUCUUGUCUUUUUAUUAAUUGAAUAAAUUAAUCUGAUUCAUUAAAGGAUACUCUAA